GAAGCAUUUCCCGAAAGAUCCCCACGACGCCGUGGCCAGGCUGGUGUUCGACGACGUGUGGGACAAGGACCCGCAGAAGGACCACCGCGUCUCCGAGCUGGCUCGGCAGGUUCUGAUGGAGCAAUGGUCCCAAGGGUCCAACAAGGACCCGCAGAAGGACUACCGCGUCUCCGAGCUGGCUCGGCAGGUUCUGAUGGAGUACGAUGAAGCCACGCAACAGCCGACUUCACCGCCGCAGCUCCGCUUGAACUCGCCGAGGCCGAGCGGCCCCGACACCCGGGCCUUCCACACGCGCGGCCUCGACGCCAGGAGCGGCCCCGACACGCGGGCCGACCCCGACACGCGGGCCGGCCCCGACACGCGGGCCGACCCCGACACGCGGGCCGGCCCCGACACGCGAGACCCCGACGCCCGGGGCAAACCGCUGCGGCUGCGCGUCAAGAGCAACAUGACCUUCAACCUGGGCGACGAGUUGCUGAACUGGCGGCGGAUGCAGAUGGCCGGGCCCGAAUCGGAGUCGGAAAGUGCGUCUGACGACGAGACCGGCUCGCGUUCGAUGUAGCGCCCGACACGCCGGCGGGCGGCGGGGCGGCCGGGCGGCGGG